AUGUACGAAACGACCUUUGAAGAUUUCGAAUUCAUCUUAUGGACUAUCCUCACCCCCAUAGCCACGUAUACGUUCUUCACUGCCCCCUGCUCAUCCCCUUGGAAUGAAAGAUUGUGCUGGCAUGUGUUGUGGGCUUUGGCUUUUUGGUUGAAUAGGAGAUAUGGGUAUCCGGAAAUUGAAGAUCCGCCUCCCGAGUUUUGCUAUUACAGAGAACCGAUCGUUCUAACGCCUAGGAAACGAACACAGAAUAGAUCCCGACGUAUACCCAAAGACUGUUUAGGUAUGAAUGGAUUAGAAGAUGAUAUAAGGGGGAAAGAUGAAUUCGGCUUUUUUUCUUUUGCCACUUUACGAUAG